UGCGGGCAGCCUGCCGCUGAGGUGUCCUUUCAGCGGUUCCGCCAAACGGGCUGAAAGCGGCGGAAGGGACAGAAGCGAGGCUGGCGCGGCCAGGUGGGGCCGCCGGGGUGAGCCUGGCCCUUCGGGGGCUGCGGGGCGGGGCGGCGGGCGCUCCUAUCUGCGGGGUCCCGGGCUCUCGGGGCGGGGAGGGACCGGGCAGCGCCGGGCAUUUGGGGCCUACGUGUCCGCCUCUCCGACGCGGCAGCCCCUCCGUGGCCCCUUCUCCCCGCGCCUAGAAAACUAGCAGGCCAUUGCCGCUUUGUCCUUCACAUGCUAGCUUUCUACGUGCAGAGGGGAUUGCGUGUGGAAGAAAGAUGAUUUACUCUUGUAAAACACAUACUGUACCUGCUCUCUGAACUAGGAAAGGUAAAAGAACUAGUACAUUUAGGGUAUGUGGAAUAUUUCAGCUUUCAAAAUCUAAAAAUGAGGGGUGCCAGAAAGUUGUAGCGGAACUUGGGAAUUCAAAAGCUAUUUUGGUUAAAUUAAUAUAAUUUGGUUUUGCUUGCUAAGCGAAAUGUGUAUAAGCAGUAGUAUUUUCUGGGGGGAAAGAGGCCAGAACUCACUGUGAAUGCCUCCGGUGUUUUCUUAGAAAGGCAAUGGCGCCCACCUGAGAGGGGCCGGAACUGAAUUUUGGUGAGUUCCAACUGAAAAAGCCCCCUGUGUGUAAGAUUGCAUAAAAAUAAUUAAAAAUGACACUGAAGUACUUUCAGUUAUAUAUUCCACAUUCCCUGACAUUUUCAGAAAGUAAUAUUAAAUUUCUGUGGUUUUCCCUGAGCACUUUGUGUUUUUUUAAUCAAACAUAGACUUACCAAGUUAAAUGUUGUCCAGUCACAAAAAUAACAGCAGAUUCAAAUUCAUCACACCCAAAAGUUCUGUCCUAGGCCCAUUGUUGUUCAAAUGUCUUUAUAAAUGAUUUAGAUGAAGUAAUUGAGGGGAUGCUCAUCAGAUUUGCAGAUGACACCAAACUGGGAGGGAUAGCUAAUACUGCAGAAGACAGAAUCAGAAUUCAACAUGACCCUAUCAGAUUGGAGAACUGGGCACAAGCUAACAAAAUGAAUUUCAGUAGGGACAAAUGUAAGGUUCUGCACUUAGGUAGAUGCAUAAAUAUAGGCUGGGGGACAUCUGGUUUACUAGCAGUACAUGUGAAAAGGAUCUAGGGGUCUUGGUAGACCACAAGCUUAACAUGAGCCAACAGUGUGAUGCAGCAGCAAAAAAAGUGAAUACUGUUCUAGGCUGCAUCAAGAGAAAUCUAGUGUCCAGAUCAAGGGAAGUAACAGAACCCCUCUAUUCUGCCUUGGUCAGACCACACCUGGAAUACUGUGUCCAAUUCUGAGCACCACAAUUUAAGCAGGACAAGCUGGAAUGUGUGCAGAGGAGGGCAACCAAGAUGAUCCAGGGUCUGGAAAGUAAGCCUUAUGAGGAAUGGUUGAAGGAGUUGAGUAUGUUUAGCCUGGAAAAGAGGAGACUGAGAGGAGAUAUGAUAGCCAUCUUCGAAUAUUUUAAGGGCUGAAACAUGGUGGAAGGAGCAAGCCUGUUUUCUUCUGCUCUGGAGGGUAGGACACGAACCAAUGGCUUCAAGUUGCAAGAAAGGAGAUUCCAACUAAACAUUCGGGAAUAAGAGUAAUAGCUGUUUGGCAGUGGAACAGACUCCCGCGAGAGGUGGUGGACUCUCCUUCCUUGGAGGUUUUUAAGCAGAGGUUGGAUAGCCAUCUGUCAUGGAUGCUUUAGCUGAGAUUCCUGCAUUGGCAGGGGGUGGGACUAGAUGACCCUUGGUAUCCCUUCCAACUCUAAGAUUCUACAGUUCUAUGAAAAACAUAUUUUAAAGACCCCUCAGUGAAGAAAUUUGCCAAAAUUAAGUUUCACUCCCCCCCUAAAAUGGUGUGCCCUACUAGUACAACCCAGAUAGAGACGGGACUCUUUCUCUUUCUUUCUUCAUUUUCUUUGGGGGGGGGCAAUACGUUUUUAUUUUCAAUAACAUGAACAGGAAAACAGAACUGAAGCCCUGCCUGAGGUGUUAAUAAUGACCAUGGUACAGCUUGAAUUAGCACAUCUUUGUUGCCAAGCACAGACAUGCCAGAGAUCCACAUGUCCUCCCUGUGACCGUUCCUGUGACCGUUCCUGGUCCAUUGGGUGGAGUAAGAGGCCUUUCUGCCUGCAUUUAUAUGUGAUAUAAGUGAAAACAAUGUUUCAUCUAAUGGGGUCCUCCUUUGAGAGUCCUUUCAUCACUGUUCCUGUGGUUGACCCUCCUUUGGCGAGAACUAUGCCUCAGGGAGGAUGUGGCUACUCAGGCAGGGAGGCAAAAUGGACCUUCUGUGUUUAGAUGCUGUGUAUCUUAACUACUGUGGACAGGCAGCUGUGGGGAGCACUGUUUGCCCUGGUUCUCUGCUUGUAAGCUUUAUUGAAGGAUCAACCUGCAAUGGGUGUUGGACCAGAGGGAUGUGUGGUAUGAAUGGGAAAGGAAGUUUCUCUGGUGAUAAACUUGAGUCUUGCCAUGCGUUAAUCAGGCAUAGACAAAGAUGUAUGAUACCUUGUUCAGAGAGGUUUGGACACUAGCUGAUACCAAGUAUUAGUCAAAAGUAAGCCUUGCUGAUUUCAGUGGGAUCUAUUUCCAGGUGAGACUGAUUAAGAUUGCAAUCUUAAGCACCUGUCAAAUUGCUACUAUGGAUCUAUGGCUCCAAAUAGUUGUGAACAAAUUUGUUGUCUGUCUUUGCAGAAACAUUGCUAUUCUAUGGCGACUUACCUGGAGUUUAUUCAGCAAAAUGAAGAGCGUGAUGGGGUGCGUUUCAGCUGGAACAUAUGGCCCUCCAGCCGACUGGAGGCCACAAGAAUGGUUGUCCCACUGGCCUGUCUACUGACUCCUUUGAAAGAAAGAUUAGACCUGCCGCCUGUCCAGUAUGAACCAGUAUUAUGCAGCAGACCAACUUGCAAAACUGUACUUAAUCCACUUUGGUAUGACUUUCUUUAAUGUCUGUUGUUUCAGUGGAGCCAUAUUUUGUUAGUGACCUUAUUCUGCAAAGCUCAAGACUGCACAUUUUUCUUAGAGUAAAGAAAGCCCUAAAUUGGAGUUUUGUAAUUUAAACAUACAGUAUAGCAGAUUCUUCCAUGUCCUAUCGGCAAGCCUGUGUGAUACAUUAAGAUUGUAUCAUGAUCCAUUACUGUUAAAACUGGGUUGGCAUACCCAAAGUACAUUAAGAGAAGGGAGAAUAUUAUUUUGGGUCAGAGACACCGUAUUGCUCCCAGUAUUGAGGGGGCUCAGCGUUGCACACCUGUGAAGUCACAGGUGUGGCGCACAUUGCGUGCAUGUGACAUCACACACACAACGCGUGUGCAUCAUCGGGAGGAUGUUGAGCCUGGAGCCCAGAGCCUUGUGGCUUCAGUGGCUGGUGGCUCCUCCUGAGUGGUGGACACUGAUUCUGCUCCACGCUCGGCCUCUUCCGCUCCUCAACAUUUGGGGGCUCAGACCCCUGCCAACAAAUAUUGAGGGGGCCGAAGACAACUCUGUGCCUAGGAGCUGGUGCCUCUGUUUCCGAUGCAAACCUUAAUCAUUCAAGCAAGUAAGCCCUGCAGUAUGCAUGAGAAGUGUCAAAACUUAGAAACCAGCCACUCUAACCUAGGCAACACAAUUGCACCAGGUAGAUAUUUGGGCCAUUGUAUUGUAGUUAGAGCUCCAGAUUGAAAAGUAAGCUUGGAACCUCAGUAUUUUUUAUACAAAUUUAAUAAGCCUAAUACAGACACACAGUUAGCUGUGGUUUCAUAAUUGGAUUAUAGGACUGAGUGUGUUUUUUCUCUGUCCUUUUCUUCUUGUUUGCAAAUUGCCUCCCCACGAAAAGUCUGGCUUUUGUGUUAUGUGUGAAGUAAACCUGGGUAUUCUCUUUAAAUGUAAUUUGAGAACCCUGAUCACAAGUUACACUGAACCUAGCUAGAGAGGAUUGGGAAAGAAUCCAUGCAUGGUAGGCAAGAGAAGCAGAAGCACAAUCCUGUCACACACACAAAACCUAAACACUGACUGAUUGUAUGUAUGGUAUUGAAGUCACAAGGAUACUAUUUAUUUUCUAAGACAAAGCAAAUGUAAGGAAACAGGUCUGGCAGUACUUACUCUUGUCCAAAGGCUAACAGGUUAAAUGAAAGGGCAAACAGCAAGCCUGAAAAAGUGUCCCACUCCACGGAGGGACACACAGAUGCCUUGAUACUUGCCAGUCAAAAUAGCUCUCCUUGUUGAGGAACCACUUGCUGAAAAAAUGUACAUUUGCCUAAUUGGCACUAACUGAAAGUAGUCUUAUUGGCUACUAGCAACUGAAAUGAAGAAAUUAAAGUUGGCUUUUAUGAGGUAAUGCCAGUAGUAGGAAUUUUCUCUUAAUAUCAUUAGUUUUGUUAUGUCAUAUGUUUACCUUAAGGGACGCGGGUGGCGCUGUGGGUAAAACCUCAGCGCCUAGGGCUUGCCAAUCGCGUGGUCGACGGUUCGAAUCCCCGCGGCGGGGUGAGCUCCCGUCUUUCGGUCCCAGCUCCUGCCCACCUAGCAGUUUGAAAGCACGUCAAAGUGCAAGUAGAUAAAUAGGUACCGCUUUAUAGCGGGAAGGUAAACGGCGUUUCCGUGUGCUGCGCUGGUGCAGGCUCGCUGGAGCAGCUUCAUCACGCUGGCCACGUGACCCGGAAGUGUCUCCGGACAGUGCUGGCCCUCGGCCUCUUAAGUGAGAUUGGCGCACAACCCUAGAGUCGGACACGACUGGCCCGUACGGGCAGGGGUACCUUUACCUUGAGGCUAUGUAUCAAAGACCUAAUACCAAUUAUUUGAGAGAGAAAUGGAGCACCCUGACAUAUAUUCCCUUAAAGCGCAAGUUUGAUAUAUCACAAGGAUUUUAACAGCUUUAUUUCUUUUUUACAGUCAAGUUGAUUACCGAGCCAAGCUUUGGGCUUGUAACUUCUGCUUUCAGCGGAACCAGGUGGGUGCAGAAAUAUAGGUUACAUCUUCACUAACUUAAAAAAAAAACUUUAUUGGUGCUGAAGUGAUUGCAUUGUCCCUCUCCCAUUUGCCCAGAUCAGUACACCUUUUUAAUGUGUCCUGCGAAUGUACAACUUUGACCAGUGACAUUGACAAAAAUGCUGCAUAAAAACUUUUAGUUUCUGUUAUUGAGCUGUCAUCAGUAUUUGCCAUGCAUUUGGUUGUCUUUAUGAGCCAGGUGCAUCAUUAUGUGUUGCCUUUAUUAGUCAAAUGGCAGUGGCUCAGUUCAGACAUAGCACCAAAUUCUGGUUCGUGCUAAUCAUAGUUUAGAACCUUAACUGAAGCUUGAGCUUCUAAACCUACAAUAGGAAAACCAGGUUUUAGAGGUGCUUGACUGCUUUCAUUUUCCAGCUGCUCAGCACACUGGGCUCAAGAAGCGUUGAUCUCCGAUAGUCAAUUCAUACAUCAUGCCAGACCAGGAGUUUGCACAAACCAUAAUUUGCAAACACAUUCCAAAUCAUGUCAGUCAGAUGUCCUAUUAAACCAUACAUAAGUUCGGUGUUAAUGAUUUGGUGUGAUGUCUGAAUUGAGUUUGUAAGUUACUGUAUUUUUCGCACCAUAGGGCGCACCGGACCAUAGGGCUGUCAUUUUUUAGUAGAAUGUGUAAUUAAAUUCUCAUUUUUUAUUGAAAUAUAAUUGCUUGUAUAUACGUUGCAUUACAAGUCAGCUUUGACAUAUUUUGAUGUAUUUCCUAAUCUUUGGCGUGUUUCUCCAGUUUCCUCCAGCAUAUGCAGGGAUAUCGGAAGUGAAUCAACCAGCAGAGCUUAUGCCACAGUUUUCCACAAUUGAAUAUAUAGUUCAGGUAAUCCUUUGUAUGCUGUGUUUGAAACGCCACUGUGUUUACUUUAGUAUCUCUGUGACAGUAAUCUUAAAGUGUUUAGACUAUGGUUUUCUGUAAGGAAAAAAGAGAGUAUUCUAUUGUAUAUACUUCAGUGUGGUAAAUAAAUGUUUUUCCUCCCACACAAGCGUGGUCCUCAGACACCCCUGAUCUUUCUUUAUGUGGUGGACACAUGUUUGGAAGAGGAGGACUUGCAAGCCUUGAAGGAGUCGCUACAGAUGUCUCUGAGUUUGCUGCCUCCUGAUGCUCUUGUAGGGUUGAUAACCUUCGGCAGAAUGGUGCAGGUUCAUGAACUGAGCUGCGAAGGCAUUUCCAAAAGUUACGUUUUCAGAGGCACUAAGGAUCUAACUUCAAAACAAAUACAGGUAUGCUUUGCUUUAACUUUUAUAUAAAGAAACCCUAACCCAACCUUGUCUGCCCCUCAAAAAUUAUUUUAAAGUGCAGUCUUCUGGAUUCCUCCAAUUCUGAUAUGUGUUUUGAUUGUCAGGAUAUGUUGGGUCUUACAAGGCCCGCAGCACCUGUUCAACAAGGAAGACCGCAUCAGCCUCAGGAACAACCUCUUAUUUCAAGCAGGUAUAUAGUUUUGCAAAGCAAACUGUAUUUAAAAGGAUGUAGUUGAUUGGCUUGCAUGAAACUUCUAAAGAUCCUUGUCUCUAUAGAUUCCUUUGCAUGGAUCAAAUUUGUCUGUUUUUGGCUAUUUUGAAGCAGCUGCUUUUCUUAUAUAUUUAGGAGAGAAGUGGCAUUUACAGAAUCUUAGAAUUGUAGAGUUGGGAGGUACUAGUGAGGGUCAUCUAGUCCAGUCCCCUGCAAUGCCCAAUGUAGGGCUCAAACCCCCAACCCUGAGAUUGAGUGUCUUAUGCUCUACUGACUGAGCUAUGAUGGGCAAAGCUAUGGUCAAAAUAGCUUUUAGCAAUUUUAUCCAAUUUGCAUCUUCAGUUUGAAAAGAUGGGAAAUCACCAUAUGAAAUGUUAUAUUAAAGUAGGAUCAAUAAUUUAACACUUUCAGGGCAUAUGGAUUCAUUUGAAAAUGAUACCUGAUUCAUAUAUUGUGGUGCAGUUGGGUGUGUCUCUCCCCCCCCCCCAAUUAUGUGGAAUUUAAUAUGCUGUUAUAUGCUGUUGUGUUCUCAUGCUGACCCCCUUGGGGUCCUCCAGCAAACAGAUACGCAUGAGCUUUCAUAGGCUAGAGCAGGUGUGGGUUUAAAAGUGAUCUUGUAUGUUCUGUCUGCGUUGAUAUGCACCGUUUGUAUCCUGUAGUGCCCAGCUUGCUUCUGCUAGUAUUUACUGAUAUUUGAGUAGUAAGACAGGAAUGCAAGUAGCCUGAGAACUUUACACAUCAAGUUUGUUCUCUGUAAAAUAAAACACAGUGUACUUUUAUUCUGAACUUCUGUAGAUUUUUGCAGCCCGUUCACAAAAUUGACAUGAACCUGACAGAUCUCCUAGGGCAACUGCAAAGGGACCCAUGGCCAGUAACUCAGGGAAAGCGACCCCUGCGAUCCACUGGAGUAGCUUUGUCGAUUGCUGUUGGAUUACUGGAGGUAUCUUUGUUAUGCUGGUGGAGGAAGGAAGUGAAAAUUAUGUACUGCAUUCAGUAUCUGAAACUUACAUUGUUGAACGUGCCUAAAUUUUAAAAAAAUGCUGUAUGGUGUUCCUUCAAUACUGCUUUGGAAAUGAGAUAUUUUAGAAUUGCUUAUAGUGAUAUAUGAAAAGUAAUAACUUGCGAUUGCUAUCUGACAAUGAUGUGUUGAAAGUGCAUCCUUUCUGUAUGCGAUACCUUCUCCACCAUUUUAAUAUAAGGCUGGAAAAGUGAUAAAAGAGCAUGAGCAGUCCUUAUUCUUCCUAAUGAAAAUGUCAGGCUCAAUGGAUUUCUUUUUUUCUUAAUAAAAUAACUAAAAUCCCCAGUGUGGUUGAUGUAUACUGUACUGCCUUUGCGGACUACAUUGCCUGCUGAUAUUUCAUGUGUAUUUUCUUCUCUUCCCAUCUCCAAGGGAACAUUUCCGAAUACUGGGGCCAGAAUAAUGUUGUUUACAGGAGGUCCACCAACUCAAGGGCCAGGCAUGGUGGUAGGAGAUGAGCUGAAAACUCCCAUCCGUUCCUGGCAUGAUAUAGAGAAAGACAAUGCCAGGUUUAUGAAAAAAGCUAUGAAGGUAAGAGUUGGUCUCUGCUUUAAACUCUCUCUCUCUGUUAGGGUUCUGCUGGAUUCUGGCUUUGCAGCAAAAUAUGUAGUUUCAGGAGCUUUUCUGAAUGGAAUGGAAUGAACAUUCUGAACAGAAUGGAAAUGUUCACCUUGGGUUCUAACAGUCAGGUGCAUGCUUCUUCUUGAAUAAUCUUCUAAAUUGUUUUUUAAUGCAAGCUGAAGUGGCUAAAAUCUCUAAUAAAGUUCCUGGAUGAAAAAUUUUCAUAUGUCUGUUGUACCAGCUGCUCCUUUUUAGAGCAUGAUUUUUGCUGCUUUCUCUUCCCCCUAGUUGUUUUUGCUAAGACUGUAGUUUUCAGUUCUGCCUCAAUGGUUGUUUCACAAAUUUUUGUACUUGCGGGUAAUCAGUUGUAGCCAGACAAAAGUAAUUAGGGGUAACUGACCUCCAGGUUUGCUAUGCCACAUGCAGCUGACUUGGUUAGAGUGUGGUGUUGCAGGUUUGAUCUCCAUAAGGGACAGCUGCAUAUUCCUGCAUUGCAGGGGUUGGACUAGAUUCCUGCAUUGCAGGGGUACCUUCCAACUCCAUGAAUCUAUGUACUAACAUAUGCAUGCUCAUAUUCAUGUAAAGCUUUGGAACUCAGUAGUUGUUACAUAUCAGUUUGACACCCGUGGUUUAAUGGGUUUGGCACUCUGAAUCCCAUAGUUUCCUAUGCUAUUGUUUACCUGUUGAAUUUGGACAACUUUUUGUUGGACUACAUAUUCCAUCAAAUUCCCGAUGGGAGUUGUGGUCCAACACAGCUGGAGGACACCAUGUUGCUCUAGGAUUAUAAUAUUUAAUCAUAUUGGUAAUAAAAUAUAUCUUCAAAAUGUUUGUUAUGUUUUCUUAGCACUAUGAGACAUUGGCUAAUCGCGCAGCUACCAAUGGACACUGCAUUGAUAUUUAUGCCUGUGCUCUUGAUCAGACUGGACUUCUGGAGAUGAAAUGUUGUGCAAAUCUUACUGGGUAUGUUCUCAGUCCUCAACGGGAGGGUGUGCCUUUCUCUGUUUUCACAUCAUAGAGAAAGGAUAAAUUUCUGGAUUGGUCCACAGUUUCUUUAGAUGACUAGGAGGGACAGGUUUUCAGUCUAGGGUUUUUUGAGUGGGAGAACGGAAAUAAUUGCAGUUAUUUACUUCAGUCAUUAUCAUGUAUAUAAAUCCAAUUUCUGGGUUCCUCUUCUUUUGCAUACUAUAGUAUUACACUCAGUUGUAACUAAGGCCACAAACCUAUAUACUUAGGAGUUUGAAUUCAGUAGGAGAUUGAGAAGGAUGGUUGGUUUAUGUUUUGUAACCCAGCAGCAGUAUUUCAUUGUAACACAUUCUUUUCUCAGGGGUCAUAUGGCGAUGGGUGACUCCUUCAACACCUCUCUUUUCAAGCAGACUUUCCAGAGAGUGUUUAACAAAGAUCCCAGUGGAGCAUUCCAAAUGGCUUUUGGGGCCUCUUUAGAAGUGAAGGUGAGUGUGGCAGACACCAGCUGUAUUUUGAAGUUGCAGGGCAGUUGGUUAGGUAUUACUGCUACACUCUCCUAACUUUGGAGGAAUUGAUAAUAUAGUUGCCAACUUCACUCAAGAUCCCUUAUUCACAGUGGGGUGGUGUACAACAUUUUCACAUAAUAGUGGGUAAUGGCCCUACUUAACAGAGAGGUUCUCCAUAUCUUGACAUUGUCUUGUUUUAUUCAAUUUUUUUCUCAAAAUUCCACUUUCUCAUUCUGUACUUUGCAGAAUUCACAAUUUGAAAAGGAGUGUUGUGGGGAGGAUUUAUCAGGCUGUGGUUAGGGUGGCUGCUAAGGGGACUUCAAGGGACCCAGUGGACAAUUGUUAUUACUUUAGGAUUACUUCAACCUUCUUUUCACUUUAGACCUCUAGGGAGCUAAAGAUUGGUGGAGCAAUUGGACCAUGUGUAUCCCUAAACGCAAAAGGGCCAUGCGUUUCGGAAAAUGUAAGUGUGUGUAUGGUUACUGUUUGUUUAAGUUAUUUAGAUGGUAUGUCAAUGACACAAAUGCUAUCGUACAUAAAAUAUUGCUUAAAUAGUCUUGUGGAGUUUAGUAGCUCAGUUUCUAGUGAGUGGUUAUCUUAUAGGUGCAACAGAAAAUGAUAUAGAGAGUUGGGGAGGUGUCCGCCUUUUUGUUGCCAUGAGUAGCGGAGUUGAAAUCAGGUCUGCCAUGUGGUUUGAUCUUGUGCCAUAUGAAGAAGGCUUUCAUUGAAAGGAUAUAGGAUGUUCAGCUGCUAAGCAGGUUCUUGGCAUCCAAUUCUGGGGGUGGGAGACCCCCCCCCAAAAAAAACCUGCAGCCUGCCACAUUACACCUUGGAUUUUUGCUUCAGGGAGGAGGAGAAUAAUAAGAAUAAGAAUAAGAAUAAAUAUAAAUUAAUUAUACCCUGCCCUCCCCAGCCAAGACCGGGCUCAGGGCGGCUAACAACCAAUAAUAAAAACAAGUUGAUUGAAAUACAACUUAAAAAACAAGAUUAAAAUACAACAUUAAAACAUUAAAUGCAGCCUCAUCACAGGAAGAGAAAGGAAAAAAGAAAGAUGGGGAGGGAAUCAAAUUGAUUCUAAGCCAAAGGCCAGGCGGAACAAAUCUGUCUUACAGGCCCUGCGGAAAGAAAUCACAUCCUGCAGGGCCCUGAUCUCAUGAGACAGAGCAUUCCACCAGGCCGGAGCCAGUGUUGAAAAGGCCCUGGCUCUGGUUGAGGCUAAUCUAACUUCCUUAGGGCCCGGGACCUCUCGGGUGUUGCUAUUUAUUGACCUUGCUUUCCUCCGUGGGACAUACCGGGAGAGGCAGUCCCGUAGGUACGGGGGUCCUAGGAGCAUGUGCUUUUUUUCCAGGAACGCGCUGUGUGUGUGUGUGUGUGUGUGUGUGUGUGUGUGUUGGUGUUCCUCUUUUCCAGAAGGGAAAAGUAUGUUUAUGUUGCCUCAGAUUUGAGAGCUGAGGAGUUCCCUUAUAAAAUUAGGUGUGUUGACUGGUUUUUUGCAUAAGUUCAUUGAAAAGAGUUGGCUGAUUUCUUUAUCAGGGUUUUUUUGCACUUUCCUUCAUGUGGUGUUUUAAUACUACAUUGUGUGUUUGUUGCCAAUACUCUACAUUUGUUACCCAGUAUAAUUUAUCUUACUCUUUAGGACAGGGAUGGAGAGCCUCCGGCCUGCAGGUCUUCCCAUUUGACCCACAGGUUCAUUUCAGCCAAGCCAUACCCACCAGUCCUACAUCCGACAUCCUAUAUGAAGUCAGGUGUGGAGCAGGUAGAUGGCCUGUCUCAGCCAAGGAGGACAUUCAGGCACUUACAAUCAGUUGAUUAUUGGAUCUUGAGAAGCUCUUUUCAAAGUACUGGGCAAGCUAGUGCUUUGAAAUGGGCUUCUGAAGGCCCCUCUAGGCAAAACAGGUCACCUGACAUCACGUCCACCUACCUGUUUGAUGGGAGCCGCUGACUGAUCUUACCCAGUUUCGCACUGCUGCUUUCGGAGGUCAGGCAGGAAAUGGAGACUGUUGAAUGCAGUGCCACAAUUUGUCAGCUUUCAAGGUUUUUAGCUGGGGAAAUUGGAAUAAGAUCCACUAUUUGACUAUUGAUUCAAAACCCUAAAAUGUAUUUUAUAUAAUUGACUUUUUAUUUCUAUUCUUUGUAUAUCAUAUUGAUGUUAUAUUACUAUGGCCAAUGGCUGACACAAAUAAUGAUCCACUCACUCACUCACUCACUCAUUCUAAGGGACAGCCUUCUCCUUGCCUCCGGCUUGUGCAAGGUGGAGAUGGGGCUGGGACUCCCUUAGACUUCUCUGUUGAGAGGUGUGGGUGUGCGCCCCUCAACAGAGAAGUUUAAAGGUGCCCCCAACUCACCUCCGUCGCAAGCCAGAGAUAGGGUGGGUGUUCUCUUAGACACACACCUUGCCAGGGCAGCAGCGGUUUAGCGUGCUUGCCUCAUCUGCCACCACCUUGGCACAGGAGUCGGGCAGACUACCACUUUCUCCCUGGAGAAAGAGGUAGCCCACCUGUGCAAGGUGGAGGCAGCCUCUCAGAGGGAGCCUGGCAGGCUCCGUUCACCCAGAAGGAAAGACAGAGCCCUCCCUCCCAGUGAAGUCAGCAAGGCAGUGCAGAGUCUCCUUAAUGCUGCUGCCGGGCCCAGUGCUCAUCAGCAGCCACAGGCGGCCCAGCUCCGCAAGGCACGGAUAAGGUGAUUUGCCCACUGACUGAGAAGCGCACAGAAGCGCCACAUCCCUCUGGCUCAUGUGUCAACAGGAGGGCUGUGGGGCUUGCUCAGCAACAUGCAGUCAGCCAGGCAGAGGGAGCCUCUCACAUCUGCCUGACUGGCUGCUUGUUUGGCUCCACGCAAGCCAGUGGGAUGGGCAGCAGGUCUCUUUCCUCCUGAAUGAUCCACUGGGAGGAAAGAGAUUGGCCACCCCUCUUGCUUGCGAGGAAGCAAACACACAAGCCAGAGAAGCAUUGGGGCUCCCUCAGCCGGAGGGCUUUGGGGGGAGCCUUCUGUAAGUGGGGAGAAGAAGAUUUAGCAGGCUGUCUUAUGCUGACAUCGGAAGUUGGUACUAUGUGAGAAUGAUUGGGGGGGGGUGUCGGUAAGCAGUCCAAGCAAAUGCAUGUCUACUCAUAAGCAAGCCCUACUGAAUUCAUUGGGGUUAAAGUGGCAUAUGAAUCUGCAAGAACAAAGAUGAGCUAUGGUUCAUAUUUGUAGCCAUAAUGUAAACAGAUGUUUCGGGUUACAGAGUAGAUCUGAAUAUUUUGGAUUCUCUUAUAGGAACUUGGGAUUGGUGGCACAUGCCAGUGGAAGAUUUGUAGCCUUGACCCCACCACAACUCUUGCCAUUUAUUUUGAAGUAGUAAACCAGGUAAAAUAUUUGUUUAUUUGCCUUUAACGUUGUAUGUACAUUAUGAAACAUUUUUUACUGUGCUACUCAAGUCAAGCAAAUUAUUCAUCCAGAAAUUAUAGCUGCUCUUUUUUGAGCAAUGCUUCAAGUUUAAGAAGGUAUGAUUCCAAGCUGCAUCCUUAUUUUCUUUGCAUGGGGGUUGCCACCACCCUGUUCUAACUAUUUCUCAUAAUGUACUUAAUUAGACUUGAUUAAGCUGCAAUCCUAAGCACUUAUUAGAAGUGAGUUUCAUUGAGCUCAGUGAGUCUUACUUCUGAAUAAACAUCCAUAAGAUCACACUGGCAGUCUAUUUCUCAUUAGUUUGGCACUGCACAACAGUGUUGUUGUUUUUUGGUGGCUCCAAGAAACUGUUGAUUUUGAGUAUGCCAUACUGCUUUUAUUUUGUUUUCAUUUUGUAACUGCAUGAUGUUUUCAACCUGCCCUUAAAAUAUCCUAAAGGAAACUUCUGUUUGUCUGGUUUUCAGCACAAUGCACCAAUACCUCAGGGUGGCAGAGGGGCUGUCCAGUUUGUUACACAUUAUCAGCAUUCCAGCACACAGAGGCGCAUUCGUGUGACUACAGUUGCUAGAAAGUGAGAACAACUUGGUGAUAUUUGGCUGGGUAUUGGCUUCAUGUUUAUAUUGUUUAGAUUGUGUUGCUGCUUCAUACAGGGUGUGCAUACUUUUUCAGGAAUUUGGGAGGGAGUUCGGUGUGUCCUUUAAUCUUCAAAAAUCUAAGUGUACCAAUUGUUGCUGUUAUCAGUUGGGCAGAUGCACAGAGUCAGCUGCAGCACAUAGAAGCUGCAUUUGACCAAGAAGCAGCUGCUGUCCUGAUGGCUCGACUCGGUGUCUAUAGAGCUGAAUCAGAGGAAGGGCCUGAUGUCCUACGAUGGCUGGAUAGGCAGCUAAUCAGACUUGUGAGUAUAAUUAAUUGUAAGCCUGUGUAAUCUUAGGACUCAAUGAUUGUUUAAGCUGACUGGACUGCAUUCUGGUGGAAAUGUUUCAGGCUGUGGGGUUUUUUUUAAGCCCAGCUGGUAGGAAACAAAAUUUGAAUAAUCCAUUCCAAAUCCGUUGGCUAAAUCUAAAACAUUGGGCUAGUUCAAACAAUUCUGAACACUAUUUUAACAUUACAAGAACAAGCCUACACAACUCAGAGGCUUGAAUACUCCCCUCACCUCUUUUCCUCUGGCAUGGCCACAAAGAGAGCAAAAUAAAUGGCCUUCCCCUUUAAACUAUUCAGCAUUUCCUAUUACAUCUGAACUCAGUGAUAAAUCGGUACGUGUAAAGUAAACUUUGAUCAAUGAACAAGCCAGGAUUUUAAACCAUGGUAUGGUCUUGGCUUAUAUGAACUAAUAAUAAUUUAAAUUAACCCAAGUUCCCCCAACUUCUGAUCUUAACAAGCUUCAAACCAUUGUUUAACAUCCUGGCUUGUCCAAAACUAGGAACUAUAGUUUUUUGAUUCAGAGGAAACAAGAAAGUGUGGUUAACUGGAGAUUUCUUGACUUAAUUGUGGCUCUCACAAAGGGAAGAGCAAAGGGGCACUGAGUACAGGCAAAAUGCUUGUUCAUAUCUUGCCUUGCUAGCUGAGAUGGUAGUUCAAAGCCACUAAGUAAAGUUCUCAGAUGUCUAAAUUGAGCUUGUGUGUUUUGUUAUUGUAGAAUGAGUGACAGUUUCCAGGAGUGAGCAGAAAAGCAUGGAUGGGGAACCUGUGGCCCUCCAGAUGUUAUUGGAUUCUAGCUAUCACCAGCCCCAGCCAUCCUGGUCAAUGGUUGGGGGUGAUGAGAGGUAUAAUCCAGCAACAUCUGGAGGGCCACAGGUUUCCCACUCCUGGUGUUAUGCAGUUGAUGUGAUAUAAACACUUGAUUAUCUAAGGAUCAGUUUCUCCAUUAGUAAUUUUAAACUAAACUGCUUUAGUAAAUCCAUCUGUGACAAAUUUUAUUCUAUUAUGUGAAAAAGCAUAAACAUGUUUUUUCAAAUUUCUCGGUAAUAUGAUGUAAUCUAUUCCUUUUCUUGUUAUGUUAUGUUAUGUUAUGUUAUGUUAUGUUACAUUAUACUGUUUAAAACAUUUAAGGUUUUAUUACUAUAUGUCCAACAGUGUCAGAAGUUUGGCCAAUACAACAAAGAUGAUCCAAAUUCUUUCAGAUUGUCUGAUUCAUUCUCUUUGUAUCCCCAGGUAAGAGGAUAUUUUUUGGAACUUUAAAAAAAUUAGAACAAUUGAUAGGAGAUAACAGUGGGGUUCCAAGACUCUUAUGAUGAUUAAACAAAUUCUUAAAACAAUGAUGCGUUCUGUGUUUGUGUGACAUUCACUGACUUAAUUCAGAGAGUUGAAUGCAAAUAAAGAGGAGGAAAUGUUAUGGUAGUAGUUUUGAUUGGUAUUCUACUGAAAAUCUCUACCAUUUUCUGUGUCCCGUGUAGUUCAUGUUCCAUUUGCGGCGAUCUCCAUUUCUUCAAGUGUUCAAUAACAGCCCAGAUGAAUCUUCCUAUUACCGUCAUAACUUUGCCAGACAGGAUCUGACUCAGUCUCUCAUCAUGAUCCAGCCUAUACUCUAUUCUUAUUCAUUCUAUGGACCACCUGAGGUGAUUUGCUUUUGUUCAAACCAAAGUUGUAGUAGAUAUAUCUGUAUAUUUUGGGACACAUGUUAAGCUAGGAGUAAAGACCCCAAAAUAUCAAAAUGUUUGUUUUUAGAAUCUUACUGUGUGUAUAUUUUGGGGGAAAUGUGCAUCCCAAAUUGUUAGAAGAUCUAAAAUAUUUGUUCUCUGUUCUUAGUUACUGAAGAAUAAAAAACCCUAAUGAAAUGAAAUCUGUGUUACAGUAUCUAAAAGGCAGGGUGAGGAAUUUGCGCCCCUCAAAUAGUGGGGUCCGGGACGCGGGUAGCGCUGUGGGUUAAACCACAGAGCCUAGGACUUGCCAAUCAGUAGGUCGGCGGUUCGAAUCCCCGCGAUGGGGUGAGCUCCCGUUGCUCGGUCCCUGCUCCUGCUAACCUAGCAGUUUGAAAGCACCUCAAAGUGCAAGUAGAUCAAUAGGUACCGCUCUGGCGGGAAGGUAAACGGCGUUUCCGUGCGCUGCUCUGGUUCGCCAGAAGCGGCUUAGUCAUGCUGGCCACAUGACCCGGAAGCUGUAUGCCGGCUCCCUCGGGCAAUAAAGCGAGAUGAGCGCCGCAACCCCAGAGUCGGUCACGACUGGACCUAACGGUCAGGGGUCCCUUUACCCUUUACCUUUACUAAUAGUGGGGUCCAGAGGUUUUGCUAUCUACUAACAGUUGAUAAGUGUGCUGAAGUUAUAUAUCUUGAUUUGAGUAGAAGAUACCAGCAUAAUAUUGAGAGGUACCGUAUUUUUCGCUCCAUAAGACGCACUUUUUCCCUCCUAAAAAGUAAGGGAAAAUGUUCGUGCGCCAUGGAGUGAAUGCAGGUGGGAGGCUCUGCUUAGCGCUCCCUUUAAAGAGCCGUGUGGAGCGUGUGUGUGGCUCUUGGGGACUUUUCCCCAAGGAGGGAGAAGCGCAGUCCCUUCUCCCUCCUCGGGGAGAAGCCUGCAAAUGCCGCACACACGCUCCAUGCGGCUCGUGAAAGGGAGCGCUGAGCAGAGCCUGGGAUGCAUACAGGCUGUGCUCAGCACUCCCUUUAAAAAAUAUUUUUUUCUUGCAUUCCCCCUCUAAAAACCAGGUGCGUAUUAUGAUCAGGUGCGUCUUAUGGAGCGAAAAAUAUGGUAGCUAUUAAUAUUUGGUAGAAGUAAAAGAUGCUAUGUUAAAAAAUAUGUAUUUGAUUUCCUCUUUGGGUGGAGAUGAGUUGUUUGAGAAUCUGCCUAUUUUCUGUUUAGUUUUGUUGUUUUAAAGUUGAGGUUUUACAAAAGCUAUAUUCUACUUCACUUUUGUAAUAAGAUUAAUGUGAUUAUUUUUUUCCUUUUCUUCUGCUUCUAGCCUGUACUUUUGGAUAGCAGCAGCAUUCUUGCCGAUAGGAUUCUCCUGAUGGAUUCUUUUUUCCAGAUCGUUAUCUACCUUGGUGAGGUAAUGUGCUGAUAACCUUUUGUUGAAACUGAAUGCUUCCUGUGAGGUGCUAAAAAGUUUAACAAGCUCCUGAAAAUAUAUUGUCUAUUUUAUUAUCUUUUAUGUACAGUCGUACCUUGGUUUUUGAACGGCUUAGUUCUCAAACGUUUUGGCUCCUGAAUGCUGCAAACCCGGAAGUGACUGUUGUGGUUUGCGAACUGUUUUUGGAAGCCGAACGUCCAAUGGGGCUUCUGCAGCUUCUGAUUGGCUGCAGGAUCUUCCUGCAGCCAAUCAGAAGCCACACUUUGGUUUCUGAAUGUUUUGGAAGUUGAAUGGACUUCCGGAAUGGAUUCCAUUUGAUUUCCAAGGUACGACUGUAUUGGAUAAUUAUUCUGGGAUCCAUAUUCUUCUUUGUUUUCCCAGAUGCUCUUGCCUUGUGCCUUUAUAAUUUGGUGAGUGGGGUGUGGGUUUAAUCAAUGUUCUUGGCUUUAGGCAUAAUGCCAAACCACAGUUAAAGCAGGCCUUUAUGAAAAGGAAAUAUCUUCUAUAGCAGUGGUUAGCCAAGUACUGUGGACCACCUGUUUUUCGUGUGUUUUUUUUAAAAAUUUUAAUUACUUUUUCAUUAAUAACAGUCCAAUGGAGGCCACAUUAAUACAAUACCAAAUCAUACCAAAUCAUAAUACAAUCAAAAGAGCCAAUUAAUCAGUCCUGAAUUCAAUGUUUUUGGAUGACUUCCCGUGUUCCAGCUAUCAGGAGCUGAUGUUAUUCCUUGGUCCUGCUCCAAUUCUCUUAAUUUGUCCAAAUGCCACAAUUCCGAUCUUAAUCCGUUGUUUUAGCAGCCACUGGUGUGAUGACUUUUGUUUGUAUUUAACAAAUCCAUAUCCAUUAAGUUGCAGAGGGAAUUUAUAUCUUGUAUUUUUGUGUGUGAAAUAUUUGUUUACAUUCUUCUUUUCCUUUGUGUUGUAAUCAAUCCUCUUCAACAUUGCCCCUCCUUCGAGGACUUAUUUCUUAUUACGUCACAGUUUCUCCAUUUUGCCUCUACAAAACAAAAAGCAAUCCAGCGUCCAGCCGUGACUCCUGGCUUACUUCCAGCAUUUGUCUCCUUUGAACCUUUCCAACCUUCUAACAAGUUGGUGUCUUGCCAAAACCAUAAUAAAUCAGAAUUAGAGCCCUCUUUAGUAGGCAAAGUCACAAGUCAUCACAGUAUUUCACACAGUCUAUUCUUUCAAGUACUCCGUAAAGAAAAUUAUAAGUUCUUGUUGAAUCCCUCUUGCAUUCCAUAUAUAGUUAUAAUCCAUUAAUAAUUUCAUUCCAUUAGUAAUUAAUUUAGUCUUCUUCAGUGAAGCCUUGUCGAAUCAUAGCCCAGCAAAUAUAAUGUAAAUAUAAUGUAAAAAGAGAACAAAGGCUCCCCUUCACUUACAUAGCAAUCCAAUUACGAUGAGAGUCCUCUCCAGAUCAAAACCUUGGCACUUAGUGGCUGAUUCAUUUAGCAAGUUAUCUUUCUUCGUCAUCCAGAACACGUCUGUUUCUUAAGUCCAAAUUCAGAUCCAUAUUAAUAUAAACAGAAGUACCUCCACUCAUGGAAUUGGGGAGUUUCCAAUACGUGCAGUGCUAUGCACUCUGCAUCCAUCGGAGCAAGAGGCAGUUAUUGGAUGAUCCGCGAGUGAAAGCUCCCCCCCCCCGGCCCUGGUGUGGGGCUUGCAAGGAUAAUUACUCCCAGAUUAUCCUUAAUUAACUGCACGGCUGGCAUCCACUAUCGUGGGAUCCACUGUUCGCCAUGGCGGCUGCACCAGAAGUGGACCUCCUGUUUUUCAAAAGCCAAGCCACGGACCCCCUACUUUUGAAAAUGUUGAUAUCUUUGUGGUAGUUUUUGUUAUGUGAAUGGUGCCACCAUACUCUCCAACAUGUCCCAUCGCAAAACUGGGACGUGCCACUUCUGGAUCGUGCUCCCAUGUGAAUCAUGUGGUCCUGGGACUGCACAGGGCCCCAUUAUAAACAUCUUGCUUCUCCUUUAUGUCUGAACAAGGUGAGAUGAAGAUUCUGCACUAACACAAAUCAUAGAUUACGAAGCAAAAACAGGCUUGUCUGUCAGUACCUAAUAAUAAAAGUUGAAAUACUUUGAUUAUUCCCUCAUUCUCUUUCCUUUCAGACUAUUGCCCAGUGGCGUAAAGCUGGCUAUCAAGAUAUGCCUGAAUAUGAAAACUUCAAGCACUUACUGCAAGCUCCACUGGAUGAUGCUCAAGAAAUUCUGCAGACAAGAUUCCCAAUGCCACGUUACAUUAACACAGAGCAUGGAAGCAGUCAGGUAAGGCAGAGCAUUACAAAGGUGUGUGAUGAAACUUAACAGAAGUAUAUGUAGAAGUGGAUUUUGAACAGGUCACGAUACCUAGUCUUUAUUUAGAGUCCGAAAGCAUUUUUUUUUAUCUUCAGCUAUAUUAAUAAUUGUGUACCACAGCCACGCUAUAAAAUGUAUGUCUCUUUCUUGCACUAAAGGUUACUGUACUGGUCAUACUGUACUGUACUUAAGAUGUCAACUCCUGGGAGUUACUUGUUUUGAUACAGUUUGUACCUCUUGCUCAUCUGUUGAUUCUCUCAGGCUGUUCUGUUGAUUAUUUUAAGAUUCCUCCAGGAACCUUAGAACACUGAUGCUAUACAGCUAUCCUGUAUUUUUUUUUUAAUGAUAUUUAUUGAGAAUUUUUUUUUUUUAAUUACACCAAAAAAAAAAGACAAAAAGAAAGAAAAAGAAAAAGUAAAACCAUCAUUCUCCAAUUCUCCACUUUCAAUACCUUCUUUCCUUGACCUCCCUCCUCCUCCUCCCUUUUCCUGUAUCCUGAUUUGUAAUAAUCACAGCAAAUCCUUUCCAUAAUUCAUAAUAUUCUGUCCUCACAUUACCUUAAUCUAUUUUCAUCUUAAUUUUUACCAACUUCUCCUAACCAUAACAUUCUUACCUAAUUCUUUAGACAUUUUUAUAAGAGCCAAAUAAUUUCAUUUCAACGUUUUCCUAACAUUCAUCAAUUUUGUAAAACAGUCCUAAUGAUAGAAAUAGAAACUUAAGCAAUCCAAUCUUUAUCCAGCGUCCCUUCCUCCUGGUCCCGGGUUUUGUCAGUCCUUUUUGUCCUAUUAAUCUAGCACAUUAACCUGGCAAUCUUAUAUCCAAGGCCCUCAAGUCUCUUCCAUGUCCCUUCCACAACUCUUCUUCAUAUUUUCCUUUUAUUCGUGGGAACUCCAGCUUGGUAAUGUUUUUGACCCUUUUCAACAAAACAGUCCCUUUUCCAUAGUCCAGACUAGACUCGAUGUAGUAUUUAAAAACAUGUUCCAGAUUCCCUUCAAAGUUGAGAGCCCCCACUGCUCCAGACAUCUGACGGCCCCUUUCCAGACUCGAAAAGUCCAAAUCUCCCUGUAUAGGGGGGUCUAUCCACCCCCCCAUUUCCAAACCAAACCAAUUUUUUUCUUUCCAAGUCUGGUCUUUUCCAAGUUCAUUUGUCAAGUCCAAAAAUUUAUAUUCCUGCUGGGCCGCAGCUCCUUCCGUCUCUGGUGCCCAAGAUUCAGCAGAAUCCUCAUCUCUCAGCUGUUCUGUCAUGGCACGCUCCUGUUUUAGUUCCUGGGUGGGCUCCAUAUAGUUUCCCACUACCCGUUCAAAGGUUCUGGCCGCAUUUGUCAUCAAAUCCGUCUUCUGGCUUAACUGAUCCAAUAGGGCAUUUAUUUUGCAGAAAGCACCCAACAGUGCUUCUGCAGAUAUUGUCCUGCAAGGUCACAAACCCUUUCCCACGGUUGUAAUCAGUGACAGCUGCAAGCUCCCAGGGAUUAGUUACAAUUUCACAGUUCCCCUCUAGGGGGGGAAACUUCUGAUUGUUCUUUCUCUUAAAAACAAUAGCAACAAAGUUUCUUUUUUAAGAUAUAUUGUCCAUAUUUGUUCUUUUAAGAUGCGAAAGGGAGCAAUGGAGUCACUAUGUUUCUCUUCUUUUAACUAUCUGUCAAAGACAUUCAUUUCUGGUCAGUGAGCUUCAAACGUCAAUUCUGACACCCUGCUCCAGGAUCAGGACGGUGGAAAAUUACUUUGCUUUAGAUUCACUUCUGCAGGUUUAAACAGCUCAAAAAAGCUCCCCCUUCUUCUCCUGCUACCGAAGGGGGGUUCAGCGAUUUUAAAUGAUGAAAGUCAAUCCCCGCGAGUGCUCUCCCGGCUGGAAAGGUGACGCGCGGCUAUAGAGGCUCCUGCCACAAAUAUGUAUUACUUCUUUCUAAUCAUUUACUUGAAAUAUGCCAGUAACCAUUUGAACUAUUAAAAUCAGCAGACUAGUUUUUUGUAGUGGCAGAAUUCUUCCUUCCUUCCAAGUUCCUCUUCUGUGAAAGUUCCUUGUUUUUUAUUUAUCUUGAGCUGAGAUGAGUAGUAUACAGUGGUACCUUGGGUUACAUAUGCUUCAGGUUACAUAUGCUUCAGGUUACAGACUCCGCUAACCCAGAAAUAGUACCUCGGGUUAAGAACUUUGCUUCAGGAUGAGAACACAAAUUGCGGGGCAUGGCAGCAGCGGGAGGCCCCAUUAGCUAAAGUGGUGCUUCAGGUUAAGAACAGUUUCAGGUCAAGAACGGACCUCUGGAAUGAAUUAAGCACGUAACCAGAGGUACCACUGUACAUGCAAUCACUUGACAAAUUCACGUUGACAUUUAGGAUAUAGUGAUAAGCUUGAGAUUUCAUUUUGUAUUAUCUCUAACCAACUUUCUGAUUUUGGCUUUUAUAGGCACGCUUUCUCUUGUCUAAAGUGAAUCCUUCGCAGACUCAUAAUAAUCUCUAUGCAUGGGGACAAGUAAGUAAUGAAAUACCUACUCCUGUGUUUAAAGUGUAUAUUUUUAUUCUGUAUAUGUAUUCACAGUUUAAUUUACUACAUCAAAAUUAGGGAGUAGGGAUGUGGGCAUUGUUUUUGGUAUUCAGGAGGCUUGGUUUUCAUCCCCUUUCAUCCAGUCUUCCAGUGGCUGUGGGACAGCCAAUAUGCUGUAAGAAGUGUGACAUAAAAAUACACAAAUUGGAACUAGGAUAUUCUGCAGUGUUUUGAGGGGGCGGGAAUCAAAUAUAGUGUACAUCAGUCAUGAGGAACCUGUGGUCCGCUAGAUGAUAACUGACUCCAGCUUAAAUCAUCAUUGGCUAUUGGACAUACUAUUGGGGCUAAUGGGGUUGGAGUCGAGUAGAUCUACAGUUAGUUCUGUUGAAUUUGUUAGCACUUACUUCCAAGUAAACAUGCUUAGUAUCAGUGUGUAAGUAUUAAGGCCAGAAGUGGACCCUUUCAGAAUUGUAGAUGAUGAUAGUAUAUAGGGAUACCAAUUGGCUUUCUUAGGACUAAAGCUCACCCCGUCGCGGGGAUUCAAACCGCCGACUUUCUGAUCAGCAAGUCCUAGGCUCUGUGGUUUAACCCAUCCUUUGGACUAUAAUGUAACCUAAAUAGAAAACUAUCUUUAGAAAGAUUUUUCCUCCAAAAACAUUUUAUUUUUAAAAAUCCGAUUUAAUUUUUUUAAAAAAUCAUUUUUAAUUUUUUUUAAAUUUUAAAAAUCAGAUUUACAUUUUUUUUUAAAAUCAUUGAUUUUUAUCCAUCCUGGUGCAUUUAUACCAUCCAUUCUGCUUACCAUCUGUGUGUAUAUACCUGCAACAGAAUUACAUUGAAUACAUCUGCAGUGGAUUCUAGUUGACAAAAGCUUAUGCCGUAAUUAAUGUAGUCUUUAAGUUGCUGCAAAAUUUAGUCUGUGUUGUAGCAAAACAGCAAACAUAGCUAACCUUCCAGAAAAGUUUAGUUAAGUCUGUCAAGUAUAAGGCCUGUGAGAAAUUAGAAUAAAAAUUGUAGCAUAGAUUAGUAGAGCUAAAUUAGAUAGCUUUGUAUUCUAUGGUUAAUUGCACUUAAUCUGUCCAGUUAUCACCACCCUUGCCCCCACUGGUUACAUUAGCUUUGGUUUUGGUGUUAAAAUGUAUCUUCUUCUUCCAGGAAUCUGGUGCUCCAAUCCUAACAGAUGAUGUUAGUCUGCAGGUAUUCAUGGAUCAUCUGAAGAAACUGGCUGUUUCAAGUGCAUCAUAAUUUUGACCUGCUGAAGAAAUCUCAAAAAAUCAUUGAACUAAGUGAAUCAUGCUACUGAUUUCAACCUGCCAAGAAACUGAUAACAUUCCUACCCCUCUCUUCAAUUGAUUUUUCUUAUUGAUUCUACAUAACAAAGAUGUGAGGGAGUUUUUUAUUUUAGAGUUAACUUAUUUGUAUUCCUUUUGUUUGUGUUCUGCCACUUCUACCUUUUCCUUCAUGUCAUUAUUACAAAAUGAUGAAUUAUCUCACCUGUUGUCUCCUAUAACUCACCUUUUUUUACUUGUACUUAAAAAUAGUAAUAACAAUAACUGAGGAAGGUAUUGAUGCUUGGCGCUGUCACUAGCUAACUUCUUAAUUGCAUAAAUGCAGUUAAACUUUGGCAUGAGCAUGUUAAAAGGAACUGAAUAGAAGUUCUAAACAGUUUUACUUAAGAAACACUCAACAUUUCCAAAUUGGUAUUAAUAUUUUUUUCUGCUUUUAUGAGCUGUUUAGUGUAGCUGUAAAUUUCAAAUCUGGGCACAUACUCUGGAUACUGUAUAAGGGGCCAAUAGCUUCUGGGGAAAACCCCUGUUCUUACUUUACCUUUGAAAAUACAUCUUACCCACAAGCGUAUUGCCUACGAUUAAGUAGGCAAUGCAGUGAAUUAGGAGGCUAAAAGGGGAAGGAAGGGCUACCUGGAGCUGCUUUAGACUUGAAAAAUCAUUAAUCCAUCUAGUUUGAAACUGUCUACUAGAACUGGCAACAGCCCUCAAGCCUUGUGGUCGUGCCACGAAGGAUGUCAGGCAUUGACUCAUGUGUACAAUCCCUGAGCUGUGCCCCCAGAAUCAAAGGGAAUUCACCUGUGCCAUUCUAUAGUUGUGGAUGUAGUCUUUACCUUUUCUAACUGGUGGAGUGGGCUGAGGGGCUACUGAAGCCCUGGCUUGAGAGGCUGAUGAUGUUAGCUGUUGGCUGGUGAGGGAGAAAAGAGGAAGAGUUGUUUCAUUAUGAACAUUUAGCUGUUCAGCCUUAUUCUCUUGAUCUUUCAGUGUGAGUCAACUUAGUAUUUCUUGAGACAAUGUGACAGCUCCUGAUAUUUUUAACCUUUUUCUAUUGUGAACCACAGUAAUAAUACUAAAUCUAUUAAAUCCCUGAUAAAUUGCUUAUUUCUUUCUGUAAGGUGUCAUUUUUAUUUGUGUGUUCAGCGUAUUUAGUUACAUGAUAUAUCUGAAUCAACUAUAAUAAGGCACAGAGUUUUCCAUGGGGAGCUAAGAAAGCUUAGUUUUAUGAACAGGAAGAUAAAGAAUGUGAGUAUUAUGUGCCAAAAAUAGCAGUAAAUUUACAGGCGGCAUCUGACUUUGCUAUUGGUCUGUUUUCACAGGAUAGAAGAAAAAAAAUGCCAUUGAGCUUUUCUUGCUAUAUUUUGGGUCAAAUGUGUAAUGCAGGACAGAACACAAACAGGAAGAUGAAUAUGCAUUUUUGCUAUUGUAGUUUUGUGAUUCAAGUAUGCACUUGCCUGUUCGUUACCAGAAUGGAAGCUGCACCUCCUAUUUUAAAAUGGUGCUUCAUCGAUGCGGAGAAGGCAUUCGACAAUGUUUCAUGGCCGUUCCUACUAAAAAGCAUGGAGAAAGCAGGGCUAGAGGGUGAAUUCAUGGAAGGAAUAAAAGCAAUUUAUUCGAAUCAAUCUGAUAAAUUGAUUAUAAACAACAAUUUGACAAAUUCAUUCAAAAUUGAAAAAGGAACAAGACAGGGUUGCCCUCUAUCCCCGCUUUUAUUCAUUAUGGUAUUAGAGGUAAUCACGACCAAAAUAAGAGCAGUACCAGAGAUCCAGGGGAUCAAAGUAGGAACGAAAGAAUACAAACUAAAAGCAUACGCAGACGAUUUGAUGUUAUCUCUAGAAGAGCCGCAAAAAAGUGUUAGUAAAGCUCUGGAAGUAUUAGAAGAAUAUGGCAAACUAUCCGGUUUCAAAUUGAAUAAAUUAAAGACAAAAAUGUUGACUAAAAAUCUGGGAAAAGUUGAAAUAGAAACAUUAGAGAUACAGAAUGGAAUCAAGGUGGCCAAAAAAUAAAAUAUCUGGGAAUUUGGCUAACUACAAAAAAUAUAUAUUUAAUUCAGGAUAAUUAUUUGACAACAUGGAAGGAAAUUAAGAAAGAUCUAGAUACGUGGAACAGAGUGAAACUGUCGUGGUCGGGAAGGAUGGCGGCAAUAAAAAUGAACAUACUCCCAAAAAUGUUAUUUCUGUUUCAAAACAUUCCAGUGAUUAGAGGUUCCACAAUAUUUAAGGAUUGGCAGAAAACACUUUCGAAAUUUAUAUGGCAAGGGAGAAGACCGAGAAUUAGAUUCAAAUUACUUACAGAUCGAAAAGUAAGAGGGGGUUUCUCGGUGCCAAAUCUGAAAUUAUACUUUGAGGCUUCUUGCCUUUGCUGGAUCAAAGAGUGGAUCAAUCUGGAAAACACGGACCUGUUGGACCUGGAAGGUUUCAACAACAGGUUCAGUUGGCAUGCCUACUCAUGGCUAAAUAAAGAAAAGGUACACAAAGGGUUUUCAAGCCAUAUUAUUAGAGGGCCACUAUAUGAAGUUUGGGAGAAAAAUAAAAAACUUUUAGAAUGGAAAACACCCUGGUGGUUAUCACCAAUUGACAUCUUAACAACUAAAAAAGCAAACAUGGAAGGAGAAAGAUUGACUUAUGAAGACCUAUUGAUAAGAUCAGAAAGCGGCUGGAAACUGAGAACAUAUGAGGAGUUGAAAGAUAAGCUAACAGGCUGGCUGCAGUAUCAUCAAAUAAAUGCAAUAUGGAUGGAAGAUAAAAAGGCAGGGAUAAGUGAGAAAAAAUCCAAAUUUCAGAUAGAAAUAAUUGAAGGCAAAACCAAGUUAUUAUCCAAAAUGUAUGAAAUAUUAUUGGAAUGAGACACUAAAGACAAAGAAAUAAAGGAGGUCAUGACAAAAUGGGCAAUGGACUUGGGAUACAAUAUAGAAUAUGAAAAGUGGUCGAAAUUAUGGUGUAGUGGAAUGAAAUUCACGGCAUGUGUCACACUCAGAGAAAAUUUGGAAAAGAUGAUGUAUAGGUGGUACAUCACGCCAGCAAAACUAGGAAAAAUGUACAAAACAGGAAAUAAGGCCUGCUGGAAAUGUAAACUUAAAGAAGGCAAUUUCUACCAUAUGUGGUAGACUUGCGAAGAAAUGAAGAAAUUUUGGGUUCUGAUUUAUAACGGGUUAAAAAAAAUGUUUAAAUACACUUUCCCUAAAAGACCAGAGGCCUUCUUAUUAGGAAUAAUUGGGGACGAAAUCAAAAAAGAAGAUAAGACACUAUUCCAAUAUUCGACAGUAGCGGCUAGAAUAUUAAUUGCACAAAAUUGGAAAAGUCCAAAUAUCCCAACGGUCAGAGAUUGGCAAACAAAACUAUUUGAAUAUAUUGAACUAGCAAAAAUGACGCAAAAAAUUAGAAACCAAAAAAAUACAAAGUUUAUUAGCGAUUGGAAUAAAUUUAUGGUAUAUAUUGAAGGAAACUAUAGAAACUUAAAAACUACAGCAGGUUUGAUAUAAACCUUACGAUGCGCAAACCAUUAACAAUUAUUAGCUGCAGAAAAAGGAAAUAAUUCUUAUCAAGAAGCCCGAAAUCGGGAGGGAAGGAGGUCAAUAGGUGUGUAGAGGAAAGAUUUAAAUAUUUAAAGAUAUAAAGAUUCAAGGAAUAAGACAAAGAACUGUAACGGAAAUUGAUGUUAUUUUUGUGUUAUGUAUGGAUAUAUUUUUUUUCUUUUUUCUGAAACUGUUGUUUUGUUUUUUUCUUUUGGUUACUUAAGUGAAACUC